AUAUAAAUGUAAAUGUUAAAUGUAAAUGUAAAUCUAAAUGUUCCGCCUAAAUGUUAAAUAUAAAUGUUGACUUUAAAUGUUUGGGAAAUAUGCUAAUGAGGCCACGCCCCUCACCGAAUAGAGCGGUCCUUGUUCAGACGAAAGUUGAACCGUAAUCAUGGCAAACUCUUUGAGACCUGAGGAUAUUGAAAGGGCCGUUGUUUCAGGAGUGCGAGCUGCAUUGCAAGGUGUCCUGGCACCUACACCUGCUGCUGCAAAUCUGGUUAACACAUCAUCACCAUCCACAAGUUCUGCCGCUUCACACAGACCGGUCAACACUCUGCCGCCACCCAUAGCAUCCACAAGUUCAGCCACAUCUGCAGGGGCUGGCACAUCCCAGAGAUUGGUUCCUUUUCCAUCAUAUUUUCAAUCAAGAAGAGGUCGAUCAGGAUAUCAGCAAAGAAAAAACGUGAAAACGUUUACAAAAGACGUUGUAUGUUUGCCAUUUUCUCCAAGGGAAUCAGUUUUCGUCAUACCUAGAGGAGAAAACAGAAGUCGCUUGGCUCAAGCUGGUCUAAUUGGAAAAAUUUCCUUUACCACCGAGUGGUCUGAAGAUCAGCUCAGAGAAGAAAUUUCUGCUAUCUUCAGAGGAUCAUUUGGCAUCUCCGAGCAUGAUGUUUUCCCUUUUCAGUACUUGAGCACAAUAAAAGGGUGCAAAAAAUUAAUGAAGCCCAAUGUCACACUCAACUUUCCCUGGGGGGGAAAGAAGUUUCUUCUGUUUGCUCAAAUACCUGUCUUUACAUUAUGGCUGAAAUGGAAAUGCCAACACAGCACAGAGUUUUUGACACGGAUGACAGUGACUUUGAAAGUCCAACUUUUCAGAGUAGAGAUCUUGAGACAUUGGAGCAAUCUAAUGUUGACGGUCCAUAUGAACCAAUGGAGGCAGAUGCCACAAAUCGAGAACAUGAGACCGAACAAGGAGGCACUCGUUUCUCUGAUUUCAUACCACUUGAUUUCGAAGAAGAGGAGGCAGUCGAGGAAGCCAUCAGACGCAGUUUGGAAGAAGAAACUGUCCAGGUUCCACAAGAGUCGAGGUCUAUUAAAACGUUGACAACAGAAGAAAUAACUGGAAUUGUAAAAGCUCACAGUGAAAUGGUUGUUACAGAAGGAUUUAGGUCAAUCAUUGUCAGCCGAAGAAAUGUGUGGACAUCUGCGAUCCGACAAUUCAGGCGACCAAGAUUUGUUGAAAGCACCGAUAUGCUUUAUGUAACAUUUGCCAGUGAUGAAAACACCACAGAAGAUGCAGAAGAUCUUGGAGGUCCCCGUCGAGAACUCUUUCGCUUGCUUGUUAAAGCAAUUUUCCAAGAAAGUGGGGCAUUUGAGGAGUCCCCCAAUGGCUUCAUUCCAAGACUAAAUGUUUCGCAUGUCCAAAAUCGAGUCUACCGCACUAUUGGUCAGAUGAUGUCUACCAUCAUUGUCCAAGGUGGAGAAUGUCCUGCUCUCCUUUCGUCUGUUGUCUUGGACUACCUGCUGACUGGGCGUAUGUUCGACAUCCGCGUUUCUCCAGAGGAUGUUGCCGAUGUGGAACUUAGAGACAGCCUCAAGACAAUUGAUCAAGCAACAACUGAUGAUGAUCUGCAACGAGCAAUAGAAUCCUGUGAGUCAUGGAGGUACCAAAUUGAAGGUCUUCCAAACCCUGUUACCAUGGACAACAAGGAUGCAUUUGUUAAAAAUGCUAUAAUUUUCCAUGUUCUACUACAACGAAAGAGCUGCUACGAUCAGUUAGCUGAGGGGUUGGAAUGUUAUGAGCUCUUACCACUUCUGAAAGAGAACCUUCCCCUUCGGGUUCUUUUAGAGAUGCCCAAGGUUCGCAGUGAUCUUACAGCAGAUGUGGUUGCUACCCUUCUGAAGCCCAGCUACUCCGUUCUGGGAAGCAACAAACGACCAAAAGAAGAGCUGAUGGUGGUUAAGUUCAGAGAUUUCCUCAAUAGUGUUCAAGAAAGAGAAGUUGAGGAAUGUCUUCAUGGCAGAACCCUGACAGAAGCAGAGAAGACCUUUCUCAGAAAUUUAAAUCCUGGACAUAUUCUCGCCUUUGUGACUGGAAGUAGCAGAGUUCCAGCAGUUGGAUUUCAACCAAGUCCAAAGUUAAGCUUUGUUCAUAAUGAAAACAAGUACCUUCCAGUCGCUCAUACGUGCUCAAAUGAGCUUGAAAUCUUUGUAAAUUCCAAAAAUCUAGCUGACAAUGAUGAGUUUGAAUAUAACUUCCUAGUAGCGCUUAUGAAUGGAGCAAAUUUUAGUGCAGUUUAAAUAAACAUGAAAAUAUAUUCCAGGGAAAAGGGUCCAGGUGAGUAAGAAGGGAAAAUAAAGUGGAGAAGAGAAGAAAUGUAGAAGAAUGGAUACGUUAUUUGUAUUAAUCCAAAACACCUCAGUGAUGUUUUUCUGUUUUUUUUUUACUUCUGUAUUAAUAAAUAUAAAAAAUUUGCCUUUGUAUGGAGUUUUGCUAUGUUUAAAUGUUAUUAAUAAUUUUAGUUAAUUCAUAAAAGCAGGAAAAUGUGCUACUUGUGUCUUUGUUGAGGAUCUGUUUCUGCUGUUUGAUGAGCAAAUUGUAUUUAAUUAAACAAAAACAGGAAAUGUUGAACGGUUUUCUUUUUUCUGUUUCCAUGUAAAGCCACUCAAGACAACAGUUAAAUAUGAAAAGUUACAAAAGAGGAAAAAUGGUAAAAUAUAGAUUUGGAUCUCUUUGUUCGGGAAACUUAUAUUUAUUUAUUUUCUAUGGGAAGGAAUUGGUAUUGUCUGUAGAAAAGUAUGCAUUUUCUGAACACCAGAGAGAGUACACCCAUUAUUUCAUGUUGAUCCAUUUCAAAUAAUAGGUUAUUUUUUGAAAUGUCAAUAGAUGUUUGUUUAGCAGAGCAACAUGGUUGUGUGUUGAAAGUGUUUGCAUACGUUGUCUCACAUGUAAAGCCUAUUGGAUGUUCAUUCUUUAUGGAAAAGGUUUCAAUUACAAACUCAAAUGAUGAAACAUUAAACAAACAAUUAAACUAGA